UUAGUCUUCCAUGUGGUUUCUCGAAUUUCCGAUAGCACGUGAAGGCAAAAGAUCCUCGGAUAAGCUACCAUUAGUUCACGACGUUAGUGAAACGCCUGUUUCCUAAGAGGACAGAGUACUGAAAGGUGUUACUCAAGCGUUUUUUGUGUUUACUGCACAAAAUGCUCAACCCGCAGAGAUCUCUUUCUGAGCUGCCCAAGAUGUCCUCAGCAAGUCAAGUGGAAAGAGCUGUACUGGCAGAGGAAUUCAGUUGGCUGCUUAAAGAAGAAGUGCAUUCUGUCCUAAAGCAGCUCCAGGAUGUCCUUAAGGAGGCAUCUAGACGCUUUUCCAUGCCGACAUCAGGCCUGGAGAGUCAGCUCAAACAAGAAAACUUCAUCCUCGGCAGCUCAGCCAUGGAUCAAGUGAAGGGGGUGCUAACUCUGCAGGGCGAGGCUCUGACUCAGGCUGACAUAAACCUGAAGGUUGCAAAGAGCAGCCAAGUGCUGCACUUUCAGUUCAGAGAGGACAAACAGUGGAAGCUGCAGCAGAUCCAGGAUGCCAGGAACCAUGUUAACCAGGCUCUGCAGCUGCUUAACAGCCGUGAUGAAAGCUAUCACUUCAAGACGGGGGCAGAGGUUAAUAAGCUCAUGGAUGCAGUAAUGCUCCAGCUGACACGAGCACGAAACCGUCUCACCACCCCAGCCUCCAUGACGCUGCCUGAACUGGCCACCAGCUGUCUGAUGAAAAUGUUCACUCCUCCCAUGCCUGGAGAUGUGAUAAUGAACUUUUACAUCAACUUAAGCAAACUGUGUUUAACUGUCUACCAGCUUCAUGUGUUGCCUCCCAACACCACGAAGAAUUUCAAGCCAACUGGAAGCUCAGUUUUACACAACCCUGGAUCAAUGUUCGAACUCAGCAACAAUCGGUUUGAGGUGAGCCAUGUUCACAAGGUGGAGUGUGUGGUGCCAUGGCUCAGUGAUACACUGGUGUUCUUCACCAUCUCCCUGCAGCUCUGCCAGCAGCUCAAGGACAAAAUAUCGGUCUUCUCUAGCUUCUGGAAGUACAGACCGUUCUAAUCCAGCUCCAGUCCAUAAUCCAUCGACUGGUCAGACCCAAGAUAUCCACACAUUCAAGGAACAUCCUGGGAAGGUGUUUUUUUUUUUAUAUAUAUAUUAUAUAUAUUCAGUAUGAAUUGUUGCAUGAUUAGCUGAAGGAGCCAAACCCUAAC